GAGACUCUCUUUCGCUCUCGCCAACGCCACAUGACCUGUCGUUAACAGUCAAAACUUUCUGCCCGCGCCGUUGUCAUGAAACGUGUGCAGUUGUUAUGACGCGUUAUAACCAUUAGGUCGCAGUGUGUGUUGUAAACACGCAGCUCUAACUGUAAAAAUCUCCAUUUUGAAUGUUUUUAUGGCAAAGUUAGCGCCUGUUCGCAGCUGGGUAACAAGAAAUUCCAAGUGGACACGGGAAUCGAGGAGUUUGAUUUUUCCGACCGAUCUUCGCUUUCUACUUUUAACAGGAUUUACAUUUUGACUGCACCGAUUGUUGGUUUUUCUCCCUGCGCUGUCUUGAAGUUGUGAGACUGUUGAAAGGACUUGGCUUGCAGGAGAAGUGCUCGGUGUUGCUAACGGCUAGCAGCAGGGGGAGGAAAAAACAAAAUACAAAAACAAAACCAUGUCAGAUGAUACAUCGAAACAAACCGGGAACUUAAACAUCGGAUGCAGUGAAAGAUGGAGCCGGGAAGUGUGAAGAACGGCACGAAGAGAGAUGAGCAUUUAAUUUCGCUGCAUUUCAGCGAGAGCCCAGCUGAGGGAGUUUUGCAUAACGGAGCACGCAGCACCAUGUCAUUUGCCCCAACAACUGUAGUGCCUCCUGUCAGCCCCCUGUUGCAGCCAGUGACUGGGGAUCUCCCCAAUGGGGUGAGCAACACGCCCCCUCCAGAGGACAUCACUAUCACUUUACCAUCACCCCUGGAGCUCUAUGUGGAGGACCCAGACCUGAAAAUGGUUGGAAAGGACUUGAGGUCUCAGUCCUUCCAGCAACAGUCCUCCCUGGGGCUCUACAGCUUGGGGGAUAAUUUCUCCCGUUUGGAGGCCAGCAUCGCUGAUCUCAACAGCUCCUUGCCGACUGUGGACUCUUUAAUCGGGGGAGGGGAUCCUACCCUCUUCCCCCUGAAAAAUGACGACUUCUCACCCAUGGGGAAAGGCGAAGCGGAUCUAGAGCACGAUCCUUUCGGGAAAGACGCUGACGCCAGUAACCCGAAGCUCUUCAGCGAGAACACCAUGGACCUCCUGCAGGAGUUCGGCUUGCCCGAGUCGCCCACAGAUUUUUACGUGGGAGAUGACGAGUUCCCCCCAUUGGCGGACGACUCGCUACUCGGAGUCAUCGUUUCAGACAAAGACUCGAGAGUUGCAGACUCGUUGAGCCCCACCACUACCACCACCACCAACACCACCGUCAGUACCGUCAACGGUACAGCCAGCUCGACUCCUUCCAGCAUAUCCACAGUUAGCCCGGUCCUGGUGAUCAAGCAGGAGAAGGACACCAUGAUCCAGCUGUGCACCCCGGGUGUGAUCAAGCAGGAGAACACCGGCGGGAGGAGCUUCUGUCAGGUGACCUCAGAUCUCUCGAACCCGGUAAGAAAUGCCAUCUCCAUCUGUGGCGUCAGCACAUCAAGCGGUCAGAGCUACCACUUCGGAAGCCCCGUCUCCAGCGGCAGCCAGCAGAAAGAUCAGAAACCUGUUUUUAACGUCUACACGCCACAGCCUGCAAGCAACGAGUGGAGCCGGGGAUUCGGAAACGCAAGCGCCAUGCAGCAGAGAGCGAACAACAGCUUCACCACCACACAGAGCUUCAACACCAACUAUGCCAGCUCAACUACCAGGCCUGAGUCCAACACUGCCACAUCCUCAGGCACGGGGAAGUCCAGCGGCACACACAAAAUCUGUCUGGUGUGUUCAGACGAGGCGUCAGGCUGCCACUACGGAGUGCUCACCUGCGGCAGCUGCAAAGUCUUCUUUAAAAGAGCUGUGGAAGGGCAACACAAUUAUCUGUGCGCCGGGCGGAAUGACUGCAUCAUCGACAAAAUCCGCAGGAAGAACUGCCCCGCCUGCCGUUUCCGCAAGUGCCUCAUGGUUGGCAUGAACCUGGAAGCACGGAAAGCCAAGAAGCUGAAGCUGAAAGGCGUACAGCAGCCCAACACGGUUGAGCUUCCUCCUCCUCCGGUGCCCGAGGCUCGAGCGCUGGUCCCCAAAGCCGUGCCGCAACUGGUGCCCACCAUGCUGUCCCUGCUCAAAGCCAUCGAGCCCGAGACCAUUUACGCCGGCUACGACAGCACGGUCACAGACACGUCCACGCGGCUCAUGACCACCCUGAACAGACUGGGAGGACGCCAGUUCAUCUCCGCCGUCAAGUGGGCCAAAUCUCUGCCAGGUUUCCGCAACCUUCACCUGGACGAUCAGAUGAGUCUGCUCCAGUCCUCCUGGCUCUUCCUCAUGUCGUUUGGUCUGGGCUGGAGAUCUUACCAGCAGUGUAACGGCAACAUGCUCUGUUUCGCCCCAGACCUGGUGAUCAACGAGGAGAGGAUGAAAAUGCCCUACAUGACUGACCAGUGUGCACAGAUGCUGAAGAUUUCCAACGAGUUUGUGAGGUUGCAGGUGUCGAACGAGGAGUACCUGUGCAUGAAGGUCCUCCUGCUACUCAGCACAGUGCCAAAGGACGGUCUGAAGAGUCAGUCUGUGUUCGAUGAGAUCAGGAUGUCCUACAUUAAAGAACUGGGAAAAGCCAUCGUGAAGAGGGAAGAGAACUCCAGCCAGAACUGGCAACGAUUCUACCAGCUCACUAAGCUACUGGACUCCAUGCAUGACAUGGUGGGUGGACUGUUGAACUUCUGCUUCUACACAUUCGUGAAUAAGUCCCUGAGCGUGGAGUUCCCCGAGAUGCUCGCCGAAGUCAUCAGCAACCAGCUACCAAAAAUCAAAGCCGGGAGCGUCAAGCCGCUGCUCUUUCACCAGAAAUGAAAGGAAA